AUGGGAGAAAAUGGUUCGGCGGCAGCUGGAGCUGCAGCAGCGGCAGCAGCCAGCAGUACGACCAUAAUCAAAACUGAACAUCACGUCAGAAAGUGUGCAGUCAACGAAAGAUACUCGAAGUGUCCAGAAAAACUUUGCCAGCCACAAGUAUGUGAAGAGGUUGGAAUCCCACAGUGUUCGAAUCACUUUGACAAGACGGGACCCUGCCCUGGACCUCCUGCAUGCAUCUGUGUAGAAGGAUUUGUAAGAAAUGAUGAGGGAGUCUGCAUGCCAGCUAAGGAAUGUCCGUCUUGUGGCAAUGACAAGAACGCCACAGCUGGCUGUGGCGUGAACUGUGGUCGGCGCUGUUCCAACUACAUGCUCUCUAAUGUAAUAUGUGCCGAUGUAUGCUACUCAAACAAUUGUGAUUGCAAAGAAGAUUACGUGUUCGAUGACUACCUUGGAUUUUGUGUCCUGCCGCAGGAUUGCAGUAACAAGAACGCGCCAGAACCUGAAGGCACUGAUGGCACUCCCGGAAAUGAAGAUGGAAAUGAAAGUACAGACCCUUGUGACGAUUGCAGUGAAAACAACUGUGAUAAUACAAAUGAAAACACCGACGAUAUAGAAGAAACAGAUUGCAAUGGAAUGGAUGGAGAAACGACCACAGAAUCUGAAAUGAAUUCGUCAUCAACCACAGAAUCUAAUGAAGGGUCAGAUUCAACUACUGAGGGAUCAGGUAUGACAACUGAAGGAUCUGUGAUGAGUUACACAACACGCAGACCUAGGACAACGACUAAGCGCCGCUCACGAACCACAACAAAAUCUAUUGGCGGGUCUGAAAUGACAACUGAAGGAUCUGCAAUAAGGUCAACAACCCGCAGACCUAGAACUACGACCAAGCGUCGAUCACGCACUACAACCGAAUCUGAUGGAGGAUCCGAUAUGACAACUAAAGGAUCUGGAAUAAGUUCUACUACAGGAAAAAAUAAAAUAAAAACUGAGUCGAAUAUGACAACAGAAGAUUCUGGAAAUGGAUCAACAACAGAAGAAACUGAAACGAAUAUGACAACAGAAGAAUCGGAGAACGGAUCAACAACAGAGGAUUCUGAAAACGGAACAACAACAGAAGAUUCUGAAAAUGGAACAACAACCGAAGAAAUGGAUACUGGUAUGACAACAGAAGAAUCAGAAACCGGAUCUACAACAGAAGAAACUGAGGGAGAUAUGACAACGAAAGAUUCUGAGAGUGGGUUAACAACAGAAGAAAUGGAGACAGGCAUGACAACAGAAGGCUCUGGAAAUGAAGGAACAACGGAACAGUCUUCUGGUAGUCAAAGAACAACUACAAAAGCGCCUAUAUCAACAACAAGGAGAACUCGUAAACCGAGAACUACUACAAAAAGAGCGCGAACCACGACAAAACGUAGGACAACCAGUUCGGCACCUGAGACAACUAUGAAAUCAACUACACGUCGACCUAGAAGAACUACAACAAAAUCAGCCAGUGAAACGACAACGAUGAUGACGACAACAGAAGCAUCAACUACAAAGGGACCAAAAGAUUGCAAAGGUCGCAACGAAUGGUACUUCGAUUGCGCACCGUCAUGCCCUCAAAGGACUUGUGAAGAUUACUUAAAUGGUGUUAGAUGUCAAGCAUCUGAUAGGACUUCGGGAUGCAAACCUGAAUGUCGCUGCAUGAUCGGUUUUUACAAGGAUGCAGAAGGAAACUGUGUGAGCACAUUGCAAUGCAGGCAAUCUUCUUCCAAUAGUAUGACGUCCACGACAACGACUUCCACGACAGCAGAACCGACGUGCGAGGAGGAAGCUAUUCCAUUAUUUGCCGUAGGAAGCCUACGGUACACCCUGAGAAUAUUAUAUGAAAUAUCCCUAUCAAAUCCUGGAAACAGUGUAAUGGUGGGAGGAGCAUCCGUCUUAUACCUGAUGGGUGAAUUAGCUUUGUAUUCUAAAGGAAGGGCAAAGACAGAACUCUUAAAUGUAUUCAACCUUCAAGAAACAGAACAGAUAUCAUGUGCAUUCCCAAGAAUAUCAGCUGCUCUUACCGCGCAGUAUCCUGACAUCGAAUUUAGCCUGUUCUGCAAAAUCUAUGCUGAUAACGAUUGUGCAAUGACAGACGAUUUUAUACAGAAUACAGAGAAAAUAUUCGCUAUAGCGCCACAAAACCUCGAUUUCUCUGCUUCAGAUGCUGCAAGGACAAUUAGUGAUGAAGUGGAAAUCAUGACCAACGGAAACUUUGAAAAUUACUUGAAAACAAGAACGAUAUCGACAUUGGAUCAUCUGGUUAUGGUAGAUGCAGAAGGUUUCCAGGCGGGAGUAACAAGGAUAUUCAGUAAUACAUCCCUCGGACUGGAAAACGUUGCAUCUUGUGAAAUGCCAUACGUUAGCGAGAUCCUUCAGAAGAUUACCUUCCACGUUGAUGAAUAUGGUAUGGGAGAGACCAGAGAUGUUGAAUUUGCUCCAAUAGCAACAACGCCAGCGCCUCGACGACAACAGACGUACAGAUUCAAAGCCGAUCAUCCAUUCGUUUAUUCCUUAUUCCACAAAGAAGUUAUGCUGCAAGCAGGAAUCUUUGCGGGAAACUAA